UGUUCCCGGCGCGUUGAAUGCUGGAAGCCAAGAUGGCGGCGGAGCUAGUGGAGGCGAAAGUGAAACAUGGUGAUGAGUUUCCGAGUAUCGGACCUCCAAAUGUUGCUAGGGUUCGUCGGCCGGAGCAAGAGUGGCUUGAAACACGAACUGGUGACCCGGGCCUUGCAACUGGUCCAGUUUGACUGCAGCCCGGAACUGUUCAAGAAGAUCAAGGAGAUUUACGAGACGCGCUACGCCAAGCUCUCUGAUGCUGGGCAGAUUCCGCAGCAGCAGCAGCAACAGCAGCAGGCGCCCCAGCACAGACCUCCCCAGGAAGCCCUCUCCAUCCACUCCUCCUACGACCGCAGCAGCAACGCGGUGGCCAGGACUGCUCUCUCCACCGCCAACAUUGACUAUCCCUCCCUCUACGGGAAGUACUUAAACGGACUGGGGCGGUUACCCGUCAAACCGGCAAAGCCUGAGGUUCAGCUGGUGAAGCUUCCCUUCUACAGCAUUUUGGAUGAACUCCUGAAGCCCACCGAGCUUGUCCCACAGAACAACGAGAAGCUACAGGAGAGCCCGUGUGUCUUUGCCCUGACGCCGAGGCAAGUGGAGCUCAUCAGAAAUUCCAGGGAGCUGCAACCAGGUGUGAGAUCGGUCCAGGUAGUCCUCAGAAUCUGCUACACAGAUACCAGUUGCCCUCAGGAAGACCAGUAUCCCCCAAACAUCGCUGUGAAAGUGAACCAUAGUUACUGUUCUGUCCCGGGCUAUUAUCCCUCCAACAAACCAGGUGUGGAGCCCAAGCGGCCUUGUCGUCCCAUCAACCUCACUCACCUCAUGUACCUGUCUUCCGCCACCAACCGCAUCACCGUCAUCUGGGGCAAUUACGGAAAGAGUUACUCCGUGGGCCUCUUCCUCGUGAGACAGAUGACGUCGGGAGAGCUGCUCCAGAGGUUGAAAGUAAUCGGCAUUAAGCACCCAGAGCUGUGCAAGGCACUUGUUAAAGAGAAGCUGCGCCUGGAUCCAGAAAGUGAAAUCGCCACCACUGGAGUCAGAGUGUCUCUCAUAUGCCCACUUGUGAAGAUGCGUCUGUCGGUGCCGUGUCGGGCUGAGACCUGUGCUCAUCUGCAGUGUUUCGAUGCCGUUUUCUACCUGCAGAUGAAUGAGAAGAAGCCCACAUGGAUGUGCCCAGUUUGCGACAAACCCGCCACUUACGACCAACUGAUGAUUGAUGGGCUUUUGUCAAAGAUCUUGACGGAAUGUGAAGAUGCCGACGAGAUUGAAUACUUGGUGGACGGCUCCUGGUGCCCUAUCAAAGCGGAGAAGGAGAGGAGCUACAGCCCCCAGUGUCCAAUUUUAGUUGUGGGUGGGUCCACAGGAGGCACUUCGGAUGCCAACGGUGUGCCGCCUCCCGCCCCCAGCGUGGAGAACGGCAAGGUCCCUGCCGAUGUGGUGGAUUUGACGCUGGACAGCUCGUCCUCCGAGGAGGAGGACGAGGACGACGAAGAGGACGAGGACGACGGCGGACCCAAAAGGAAACUGCCCCGCCUAUACAAGAACGGCUUGGCAUCUGCCUGCUGACUGCAGGGGGCGCUCCAGGUCCUCCGCGUGGGAAAAGCUUGAAUACCUUGGUGCUUAUUCAGACAUGGGAAGAGGGGCUUUCCCUCCCUUCCCCUCCAUCUCGCCCUCUUCCAAAGCUGCCCUCUGUGACUUCCCAGUUCCAAGUUGGUUUUUUUUAGGAAAAAGAAAAAAAAUUAAGAAGGCCUGCCGGGGGCGAGGGUAUGGCAGCGACGUUGGCAGAGCUCCUGCAACGUGCACCGCCCCGAGAAGCAGGGCCGGGACAGGACGCACCUCCCUUGCAAGGAGGAGUCGUGUCGGGAAUUGGCCACAUGCUCUCCACUCCUUCCUCGCGCCCCCGACCCCCUGCUCUCCUCUCCGCCCCCGUUGCUUCUUGGAUGACCUGGUGCCAGUUGCUCGGAGUGUGUCUGAGCGCCGGCAGGCAACCUGAACUCUUGCGGGCCUCCCAAAAGCGGCAUGUCUUGCCUUGUUCGACAACCAUUCCUGACUCCUUCUCAAUCUCUCUCACACUCUUUCUCUUUCUCUGACAUGUGCAAAACCCCCCUUGCUGGACAUUUUAAGGGAGUGCUGUGUGUUUGUUGCCCCUCACAUCGAUGCUGGUAGGCUCCUAGAACCAGCAGGUUUUCCUGGCCCCCCCUCUCCACUGCCCCCCAUCCCAUGGGCACGUCAGGAAAGGGCUUCGGGAGGGGAGCCAGUGAAAGAUGGACCUAGACUUUGAAACCACGAUGGCUUAGAGUUCCUUGGAGCAUCUUGGAGAGAACCUCAUGUAAAGAACUCUUUAUAGCUUCUUCUGAAAAUAAUGUAGAAUUCUUACAUACUGAUUCCCUGUUACCCCCACCCCACACUUUUUUGAGUUGAACAAAGCCAUUGGGGAGGUGGGAGGGGGAGGGGUGUUGGAAUGCGGAAUGGGGUUGAACCACAAACCUGUUGUCUUUUUUCCCUUUCUUUUGAAGUGCAAUAACUUGGUGUGUUUUGGAAGGCGAAAAGGGCUGUGUGUGUCCCCAUCCCCCCCCUUAAUCUCACCAGGGCUUCAGCUUGAGUUGGGUGUUUUGGGGAACAAAACAGCUUUUGGCCAGGGGGCGGGCUAGGAGCGGGCGGGUUGGG